AUGGAAAACAACAUAACUACUAUCUCUCGUGAAGAACUUGAAGAACUAAGAGAAGCAUUCAGUAAAAUAGAUAUUGACAACAGCGGAUAUGUCAGUGAUUAUGAGCUUCAAGACCUGUUUAAAGAAGCAAGUCUGCCCUUGCCUGGUUACAAAGUCCGGGAGAUUGUAGAAAAAAUCAUUGCAGUGACAGAUAGCAACAAGGACGGGAGAAUCAACUUUGAGGAAUUUGUCUCUAUAAUUCAGGAAUUGAAAAGUAAAGAUGUUAGCAAAUCUUUCCGAAAAUCAAUAAACAAAAAGCAAGGUAUUACAGCAAUUGGAGGAACAUCAGCAAUAUCUAGUGAGGGGACACAGCACUCUUAUUCAGAGGAAGAAAAAGUUGCUUUUGUUAAUUGGAUAAAUAAAGCUCUACAAGAUGACCCAGACUGUAAGCACCUUCUACCUAUGAACCCAUCAGAUGCCAGUCUUUUUAAAUCCCUUGCAGAUGGCAUCCUUCUUUGCAAAAUGAUCAACUUUUCACAACCAGAUACAAUUGAUGAAAGGGCUAUUAAUAAGAAGAAACUCACUCCUUUCACUAUUUCUGAAAACCUAAACCUGGCUCUGAACUCAGCAUCUGCUAUUGGCUGUACGGUUGUCAAUAUCGGAUCACAAGAUUUGCAAGAAGGAAAACCACACUUGGUAUUAGGACUUUUGUGGCAGAUCAUCAAAGUUGGUCUUUUCGCUGAUAUUGAGAUCUCCAGAAAUGAAGCUCUUAUUGCCUUGCUAAAUGAAGGGGAAGAACUAGAUCAGUUAAUGAAGCUUUCCCCAGAAGAGCUCUUGCUACGCUGGGUGAACUACCAUCUGGCCAAUGCAGGCUGGCAGAAAAUCAGUAACUUCAGCCAAGACGUUAAGGAUUCAAGAGCAUACUACCAUCUGUUAAAUCAAAUUGCACCUAAAGGAGAUGAAUUGCCCAUUAAAAUUGACUUUUCAGGAUUUCAUGAUAAAAAUGACUUGAGGAGGGCUGAAUACAUGCUGCAACAGGCAGAUAAAUUGGGCUGCAGACAGUUUGUAACUCCAGCUGAUGUGGUUGCAGGCAACCCUAAACUCAAUUUGGCUUUUGUUGCAAAUCUCUUUAACACAUAUCCAGCCCUACACAAGCCUGACAAUUCAUCUUACGAUCUCAAUUUACUAGAAG